GAUAAUAAGACCCAGUCUUCUUUACCUUGUUUACCACCACCACUUUAGUUAGUCCUCCCCUCACUCUCCCACAACACCACUCUCUCACAACCCUAAAUCUCUCUGUGGCUCCUUCUUAAGCUCUCAUCUCUCUCUCUCCAACUCACUUCUCACCAGAAGCUGAGUAUGGAUCUUCUCGCACCUCUCGUCUUCCUCAUCCUCCUCUCACCCAUUUCUCUCUCAGAUGCUGGUUCCAUCGGCGUAAACUACGGCCGUAUCUCCGAUGAACUACCCUCCGCAUUCAAAGUAGUCCAGCUCCUUAAAUCUCAAGGAAUCAACAGAGUCAAGAUCUUUGAUGCAGACCCAUCAGUUCUCAAAGCUUUAUCCGGAUCUGGUAUUAAAGUCACAGUAGAUGUCCCAAACGAGAUACUCUUCUCCGCCGCAAAGAGAGCUUCCUUCGCCGCUUCGUGGGUCAAACGCAAUGUAGCUGCUUACCAUCCUUCAACACAGAUAGAAUCAAUCGCUGUUGGUAACGAAGUCUUCGUUGAUCCACACAACACCACAAACUACCUUAUCCCUGCAAUGAGAAACAUCCACAAAGCUUUAGUCAGUUUCAACCUCCACUCCGACAUCAAAAUCUCCUCACCUCUUGCCUUAAGCGCUCUUCAAAACUCUUACCCUUCUUCCUCCGGAUCUUUCCGACCAGAACUCGUUGACACUGUCAUCAAACCAAUGCUUGAAUUCUUACGCGAGACUGGUUCAAGACUCAUGAUCAAUGUCUACCCUUUCUUUGCUUACGAAGGAAACUCUGACGUCAUUCCUUUAGACUACGCUUUACUCAGAGAAAAUCCAGGAAUGGUUGAUUCAGGCAACGGUUUGAGAUACUUUAAUCUCUUUGACGCUCAGAUCGACGCGGUCUUUGCAGCUAUGUCGGCUUUAAAGUACGACGACAUCGAGAUCAUUGUGACGGAAACUGGCUGGCCGUCGAAAGGAGACGAGAACGAAGUCGGAGCCACCAUAGCAAACGCAGCGUCUUACAACGGAAACCUUAUACGGCGGAUCUUGACACGUGGUGGUACACCGUUACGUCCUAAAGCAGAUCUAACGGUGUAUCUCUUUGCUCUGUUCAACGAGAACAAGAAGCUAGGUCCCACCUCUGAGAGAAACUAUGGUCUCUUCUUCCCUGAUGAGAAGAAAGUUUACGACAUCCCUUUCACUACUGAAGGGCUUAAACAUUACCGUGACGGUGGUCAUACUCCGGUUACCGGAGAUCACCAGGUCACGACGCCUCCUAUGAGUGGUGGAGGAGGUGUCUCGAAGAGUUUGAAUGGUCAGUCUUGGUGUGUAGCCAAUGGUGACGCUGGUGAAGAGAGGUUACAAGGAGGUUUAGAUUAUGCUUGUGGUGAAGGUGGUGCUGAUUGCCGUCCGAUUCAACCUGGUGCUAACUGUUACAGUCCUGAUACACUUGAGGCUCACGCUUCCUUUGCGUUUAAUAGUUAUUAUCAGAAGAAAGGACGCGCCGGUGGAAGUUGCUACUUCGGCGGCGCCGCUUACGUCGUUAGCCAACCACCAAAGUAUGGAAGAUGCGAGUUUCCGACAGGAUACUAAGGAAGACGAUUUAGAGAUUAAAUUAUAUAUAUUCGUAUUUUGAUGUGUUUUUGUUUGACCGGAAGUUUUUAUUUAAUUUUUGUAACUUCUGACUUUUUAAAUGUUGUGUUGUUAAUAUCACCUGAGACGAUGUUCUUGAUAUUAAAUAUUUAGGUAAUGGAAUUAUUAAUGUUGGGUAAGC